AGAAAUACGUACAGCAAAUGUAAGAAGUCGAAAAAGAAAAUAUUUGUGCGAUAAUGGCUGCUUCGGGAGGGAAUAUCGAGUGGUCUACUACAGUUAAACCAAUAUUAACAGCUUUGUACGGCCCAUUUUUCGACAAAAAUGAUGCUGCAGAAAUAAUACAAUCAAUCCUCAAAAGUGAAAACGAGUUUCAGAACCAUGCUGAAAGAUAUGAUCUCUUCUACACAUGUUUCGCGUGCCUAUCCGCGCAUUUUAUCACAGUCAACGCUUCAAACUUGUCGCCCGAUCAGCAAGGGCCGGCACGCGACGCGUUCCGCGUAAUCCUACGACAGAUCCUCAAGAAACUAUCCGAUGCCGGACUCAGCUAUGAGGACUCUACCACUACCGCUGCUACGAAUGUGUCCGUUAAGCAGCUCCUUCUCCCCAUCGUGGGUCUGUGCGGUAUCGAGGGGGGCGGCUACCCCCAACUGGACCUGGUCAUCCUUACGUCGCUCCUCAAGAGCGCCAAACUGCCCGCUCACGUCAUCAUACCUGACGCCGCCACAACAUCGACAACACAACCGACCGCCGCCGAGAAGCAGGCCGUCUCCACCACGCAGCGGCGCUCCGACGCGCUGCUGGAGCAGCUGACCGAGCCGCUGAGGAGCGCCGGCUCGGCGCUGGCGCCGCACGCGCCCGCCAACGACGAGGACGACGACAGUGCCCAGCCGCAAGCUGACAUCAAGCAGCGCCGCUCCGACGCGCUGCUGGAGCAGCUGACCGAGCCGCUGAGGAGCGCCGGCUCGGCGCUGGCGCCGCACGCGCCCGCCAACGACGAGGACGACGACAGUGCCCAGCCACAAGCUGACAUCAAGAAAUGGGUGUCGAACACAGCCGCAUCACUCCUAAUGGAACUCAGAGCGGGCGCAGUGAUUCUCAAAGUGUGCUCAGCUCUGCCGUGCCUACAGCGUUACCUGAGCCGCUGGGAAACGGCCAAGGAUACGGCGGUCUCUCCGCAUUUCAACUCGGACGCGUCACUGCAACACUUCCUCGUGAACGAAGUGCUGGUGUGUCGCCUCGCGCUCUCUCUGCCCUGCCUCGAACCAUUCACCGCCGAGCGUAUAUCGACGCUCAGUGACGUCAGCACCGCUUGGCUGCUCUGUGCUACCGCCCAGGCGUCCUUACACCCUAAGGACGAGGAGAGCGAGCAGCAAACAGCGACCCUCGUCGAAAGCGCGCUCAGCUUGUAUCAUACAGUUGGAGAGACUUUCCGGGAGAGUACCAGAGCGGGAGGCUAUGUCUACCAAAACCAUCUAAUGAUCGGCGGGUGGGUGCUGCUCUGCGGGCUGCACCACGCGCUGGCCGGCGCGCCCAUGGUCACCUCCACGCCCGGCAAGAGCCCUGCCAAGACACAGUCACGGCCAUACAAUUUAACCAAAAUGCAACAGGGGCUCGGCGCAGUGUGGGUGGCGCUCGGCGGGCGUUGCCUCGCGUGGCUCGGCGCCCUGCUUUCCGACGCGCGUCUAGAGGCACUCAGCGGCAGUACGACGGGCACUGGUGCCCCGGCGCCUCUCUUGAUCCUCGGCCAGCACACGGCACACGAGAGGGAGCUGCGGCUCGCCAGCGGAGCGCCCAUACACCAGCUCCUCGUUGCUCUCGGCGUCGUGUGCUACCGCAAAGCGACCAACCUCAAGCGCACAGUGGUGCAGAAACAGAAUGCGGACGCCGACCCGGACCGGUCGGACUCUACAGUCUACUUCCAAGACAUGACCAUGUGCUCUGAAGACUCGGAGACUGACGAUGACAGCGAGCUGCUAUUCGGCCUCUGGUUCGAGUCCACCCUGGCCGCCGCCAACGCCACAGAGAGCACAAGCAUCGCCCGCACCGGCGACGCUGACGGGUCCGACGCCGCGGAGCAACCCCCGAGGCUUCCCCAGGCGCUAGUGCCGGACAAAUCUGAGCCUUAUUCUUACAUCCGACUGGCAACUGAAGUGUUCACUUUACUGACGGCGGAGAUAAUAAGCCCAGGCUCGGAGCGGCUCGGACAGAGUGCAUUACAACUGCACGACGCGCACCAAGCGCUGCUCGCGGCGCUGGCCAAGGACCUGGACCGGGAAACGGCGCGCACUGACACAGGCACCAUAUCGCCCUGCUUCGGCCCCCGCAUCUGCGCGCUCUACGCCUCCUUUAGCUCCGCGCUGGUGCGCUACUUGCACAACCUGAUCAGCGCGCCCGGCUUCGCGUCGCUCCAACCGGCGCUGCACCAGCAGCUGACGAGCAGCACUGAGCGCGGGAACAGCACGCCGCUGCAGGUGGGCCCUCGAGUCGUGAAGCUUCUCGGCGGCAUGGUGCUAGCCAAGCCGGCGGUAGAAAGAGAGAACAGCAUCCUCGCGAUGUGGCACAAGAUCGUGAACACGCUGCAAGAGUGCGCGCUGCAGCCGCAGCCAUCACAGGACCACGACUAUGAAGAUUUGAACGUGGAACACGCACAGCUCCUAGUGUACCUGUUCCAUUCGCUAACUUUGAUGCAGAAAAAGUCCGUUCUCCUUAUGACAUCAAACGCUAUUAUUAAAGUCGUAGAAACACUGGCCAUAAGCGACAGGAAGCGAGCGAUGACGUUGGCUCCCCACCAGCUCAUCCUGACCACGAGGUUGAUGCUGCUUUUGGAAUACCUCAUGAGGCAUCUGUAUGAUGCCCCACAAACCUUGCUGCAACAGAUCGAAUGGAACCUCGUAAUCGCAACAGGCCUCGUUCAGUCGCCCACUGACAACGCCAACGCCGCCAAAACGACCACAGAGAGCGGCCAGAUGAAGACGCGCAUAUACUGCGAGGUGCCGCACAUUGAGACCGCUUACCGACGGCUCUCGUUGAGCGAGACCUCGAUGCGACCCAAGUUUUAUGCGCUGACCAACUCGGAGAUUAAUAAUCAGGAGAACCCAAAGUUCGACGGGCUAGCAUGCAACUUCGUGCUAGGCACGCCGCACAAGCUAAAAUACCCGCUGCUACUCGACGCCCUGCUGGCCUUGCUCAACUCCGCUUGCGUUUGCGAUAAUCCUGCGUCGCUGUCGUCUCCGGCCGCGCUCUCGGCGGCGCACUACUGUUUCCAGACUGCUUGGAGACUGGUUGUGAGCAUGCCACCAGCGACGCCACACAUGGACAAGCUCCAAGCCGGCGCGCAGGCCGACCUGCCGUCACCGUUGCCGCUCCACGCCAUCAUCUGGGCGCCGAGAGCGGAUAACAAGAAGGUUUUCAAUCCCUGGCUGAAGGACGCGCUUGUCAAGCAGGGGAUGUAUACACAGUAUGCGGAGAACUUGCUCGCUGGAGUGAGUGCGUCGUGCGACAACAUGAAAUACCACCUCUGGCUCGCAGGUGAAACUAUCAAGCAUCUCAAGGAUAAUAUUACGCCGAAUGGUCUACCAGCGCUGCUGGACGUAAUAUCUUGCGAUGCGGCGUUAGUACGCCUGAAGCACAGCCUGGGUGACGGCGCGUGCGCCGAGGUGCAGGAGUUCAUUCCUGACCUGCUGAGCCUGCUGGAGACAGCGUUCGAGUGCUGUCGACUGAGCGCCGACUUGGAACUAGAAGGGCUAAUGGAGAGCUCCAACAACCCGUCGAAGGCGGCCGUCCGCCGCGCCUGCAUGAUGGUCAGCGGGACCAACAUGCCGGCCAUCCUCGCGUCCAACGCGCUCGGGGGCUGGCUCAGCAUGCAGCUGCCGACCACCGCGGCCGCCGCGCUCGAGCAGCUCUGCUUGCCGCCGCCGAUGGCCGCAGUCAACAUGGAACAAUACCAAUCCCACAUUAUACCGCUAGAGAGCGCUGUCCUGGCCCUGGUCGCCUCCCACAUCGAACUCAUCAGCGCCAACCAGAAAUACUCCAUCGCCAACCAGAAAUACUCCAUCGCCAACCAGAAAUACUCCAUCGGGAUGUCUCUGAUGACCCUCGCGUACUCAGCCGCGAAACUUCUAGAGAUCGCCGCGCCGAAGAUAGCCGAGGAUCCUACUUUGAUGAAGAGGACGCUGGAUCUCGUGGUGCCCGCUUUGACGGACGGCCGCCUACAAUUCAUGUCGCCCGAGCCAUUGGGCGCUACACUGAACAUUCUAGUGCCCGUUGAAACAAAGUCCGUGCAGCUCAUACACGAGCAUAUACUGAAGACGACAUACCCCGUGCUGGUCGAUCAUCUACAACGGUCCACUGAGAAAACGCUGCGGCACAUGGUAAACUACUGGGAGAGGGCCCUGACCAAGCCCGAAGGCCGGCUAGCAUACGAGACUGUAUUCGCCGACGAAUCCGAAUUCGUCCUCGCGAAGAUUCUCUUGUCCGUGCCCAACGCGAGGGUCGCGUACGCUGAGAAAGUUGUUGAUAUAUUCAUAAAGAUCUUCGCUGGCUGCGAGAACAACGAACUCAGUAGCUCCCUCUGCAUAUCAAUAUGCAAAUACAUCGGCGUCGCGGAUCAACAGAAGUUGGCCAGUCUGCUGUCUCACAUCUGUAGCAUCACAGGCGCCAAGCGCUCAGCAAACGCGUCACCUACUGAGACUGAGCUCCCCACACCAACGUCGACGGCGCCCGAAGGAGGCGCCCACGCGUCGCUAGCGCUCCGCAACGCGCUGCGCAGCGUGUUCAGAACAGAGAGUGAAGCUACCGCGCGGACCGGAGCCCCGGAGGCGCCGGCAGGAUCAUCCCAAGCGACGAGACCUGCGGAAGCAGAUGAUACGUUGAUACGGGUUGGCGAGACCUGGGUGGACAGCGAACCGGACAAGACGGUGCUCGUCGAGCAAGCCGCUGAUCUCGACAAGACGAUACUGCUGACAGAUGUCGCCAGCGACAACGCGGCCCUUCUCACCGCUAUAUGCAAGCACAUCGUGCAACACUGCGACGACCAAGUGAGUGAGCGCACGCUGGCCGUUUUAAUCACCGUGUGCGGCGAGAAGGCGUGCGCGCCCCUGUUCAUGAGGGAGAUGUGCCGGUUGGCGGACGCCCACUCCGGCGGCGACCACAAGCAGCUGUUCCCGGCGGCGCAGGGCUGGCUGACGACAUGCGUGAACAAACUCAGUGCCCCCGAGGUAUUGGAGAAGCUUGAAGAGGGUCAAGUGGAUGACGCACUAGCCCCGCAGAUCGAGUCGGCCUGCGUGCUGCUCUCAUAUAUUGCUGACGCGUUGCACGCCAUCAACAACUCGCAGCAACCAAAUUGGCGGUCCGUCAGCCCGACAUGGGAGGCGCCGUACGACCUCGGCUUCGACUUGGACUAUGCUGACGAACAGCAAGACGAUGAUGACACCAGCGCUGAUGAUUCCGACGAAGACGCCAUGCUUCAAUACAAGCUAUGCACCUUCACCGUGACCCAACGCGAGUUCAUGAACCAGCAUUGGUACCACUGCCACACGUGCAAGAUGGUGGACGGCGUGGGCGUGUGCACCGUGUGUGCACGAGUGUGUCAUCGCACGCACGACGUGUCCUACGCCAAGUUCGGCAAUUUCUUCUGCGACUGCGGCGCCAAGCCCGACUCCAGCUGCCAAGCCCUAGUCAAGCGUUCCGUGACCCUAGGCGGCGCCCGCUCGGGCGGUGAAGAAGCGCCCCCCGCGCCCUUCCGCCGCCGCCCCUCCAGCCCCAUACCGCCCGCGCUGCUCGCGCCGCCGCGCCGGCCCGUGCUCGCCGCCAACAUACAGGGCUGCCGCCAAUACCUAGCCUCGUACUCGGGCUGGGGCGCGUGCAUGGACAAGGUCCGCAAGCUCCUCGACGUGUUGUCCGGCCCGGUGCGCGCCGCGUGCGAGCGCGGCGCGGCUGUGGGCGCGCACGGACGCGCUCAGCGCGCAUUGGCGCAGCUGCAUUUAGGCGAGAAGAGAUUCGUGCAUACUGACAACCUUAUGGUGCCGACGCUGGGUUCCCAAGAGGGCGCGUUCGAGAACGUCCGCAUGUCGUACACCGGCGAGAACGGGCAGACGAUCCGCCAGCUGAUGUCGAACCACAAGCUGCGCCGUGUCGCCAUGUGCUGCCUGGCCUCGCCGCAGGGCCGCCGGCAGCAUCUCGCCGUGUCGCACGAGAAAGGAAAAAUCACCGUACUCCAGCUAUCCGCUCUACUCAAACAGGCGGAUUCGUCCAAACACAAGCUGACCCUCACUCGGCUCUCAUCAGCACCCAUACCGUUCACCGUUCUCACGCUGAGCGGUAACCCGUGGAAUGAAGACUUGCUGGCCGUGUGCGGUUUUAAGGAGUGUCACGUACUGACGUUCAACAGUGGAGGCACAGUGGCAGACCACCUAGUCAUCAACCCCGAUCUGGAGGCUAACAACUACAUAAUCAAGGCGCUCUGGCUGCCCGGCUCGCAGACGCAGCUCGCGCUGGUGACCUCGAACUUUGUCAAGAUAUUCGAUCUCAGCAAGGACCUCAACAAUCCUGUGCACCACUUCCUGGUGCCUAGCGGAAAGGUCCGAGACGUGACGUUCGUGAACCAAGAAGGUGUAAUGCACAUGAUAUGCAUGAGCUCACCUGGCCACAUGUACUGGCAACCCACCAGCGAGGAGACCCGCGCUUCUCUUGGCACUUUCUACAUCACUAACACGCUGGAGGUUCUGCAUCCGGAUAUACAGGAUGUGGCUGGCAUGGUCGGCGGCGGCGGCGUCUCCGUGUACUACUCGCACACGCUCAAAAUGCUGUUCUUCUCGUACGCUCACGGCCGGAGCUACCUCGCGCCGUUGAGCACGGUCGAGGACAGCGUCAAAGGCACAGCCCUGAUCCCGCAGUCCCUAGCCACGCCGCCCAAAGAAGGCGGCCGCGGGGGCGGCAAGCAGGGCGGCGUGCAGGCGCUCUGCCAAUGGGCCGAGGUCCCCGGACACCCGGGCCUGGUCACAGCGGUGCUGCAGGCCUCCAACAACCCUGUGGUGCUGAUGCUCACCCCUAACAACAUCUUCGUUCAGGAGAUCAAGGUCGUCCCAGCCAAAGCCAAGAUCACAGACAUGGUGGCCGUCCGCCACUGGUGCGGCGGCGGCGGCGAGCAGAAGAGCACCCUCAUACUUCUCUGCGAAGACGGCAGUUUACGCAUGUAUGCGGCAAGCCCAGAGCACACGGGCUUCUGGCUGUCGCCUACGAUACAGCCGACACACGCGCCGAGGCGCAAGCCGAGGGCGCUCACGCAUACUAAAGGGAAGGCUCAGCAGGCGGCCUCAUCAAAGUCCAACUCCAACGGGUCCCCGCAGUUUCCCAUCGAUUUCUUCGAGCACUGCGUUGCCAUGUCCGAUGUCGAGUUCGGAGGCAAGGAUCUCCUGCAGGUCUACAACACAGCUCAGAUCAAGCACAGGCUGAAUACUACUGGAUUGUACGUGGUCUCCACCAAGAUGACUGGAUUCUCCGUUGAAGUGAUAAACUCUGAUCCGAACAUGGUCAUUUGCGGUAUAAGAGUUUUACUCGGCAGCCAAGAUGUCGCCAGGACACCCACUUAUAUUGAGGUCCUCGGCCGCACCAUCCCAACGGUAGUCCUCCGCAACCGCUGGUUCGACAUACCCUUCACCCGCGAGGAGUCCCUCCAGUCCGACAAGAAGAUCGUCAUCAACUUCGGCCCCUCGCAGGACCCCGACGGCAUCUCCAUGGUGGACUCCGUCAAGGUGUACGGGAAGAAUAAGGAGCAGUUCGGCUGGCCCGAGGAGAAUGAAGACCCGUCGUCGUGCCCGUCUUCCAGCAAGACAACACAGGAAGCCGAAGGCACCGCAGGCGCAUGGAAGCCCAGCUCCCUCGAGCGCCUCGCGUGCGCCGCUCUCGAGGCGCUCGAGCUCGGCGCCGGCGCGCCCGUGUCGGCGCUCGCCGCCGCCGGCGCAGAGGGUGGCGCCGAGGCGGCGCGGAAGCUGCUCUGCGCGCCGGCCAGCGCCCACCUGCACGCGAGAGCACAGUGCCUGCUGCGGGCCGUGCACCACCAGCACUACCACCAGUACAAGGACCAAGCAAUCCUGAACUACGUAUGCUCAUCGCUACGAGACCUGCGCGCGACCUGCGACCCUCGCAACAUCGACCCCGAAGCGUUCUUCCGUCUCGUGCUACUAGCGAGAGGGGUAGCUGUCACUCGCCCCGCGCAUCUCGUCAAAUACAGCGCGCCUACACCGCAGCGGCCGGCUGACGGGGACUGGACAGCCCUCUGGAAGGACUCUGACGAGAGCAAAGACCCUCACGUGAUAGCGCUGCUCGCCAGCGUGCUGUGGCGGCUGGCGGCGUGCCGCGGCGCCGCGGGCGGCCCGCCCGGCGUGCUGAGCUACGGGCUGCGGCACGUGGAGCACACGCUGCACGCGCUCGCGGACAUCGUGCACGCGUUCCAGCUGCACGCGGAGCCCUGCUGCGUUGACUUCGGCAAUCAAAUCUACCUGUCUCUCCUGCUAGCUGAAGACCAGAACAUCAGCUUCGGCGCCAAGGCGGCCAUAAUGAGGGUCCUCCGCCCUAGGGUCAAGAGGCGACGAGUGUACAUACCUUCACCACCUAACACUCCGGGAGUCGGCCCAUCCAGCUCAACAGUAGCGAACGUCGCCCACGCGUCCUCCACCGUGGUCGAGGCCAUAGUGUCCGCCGUGGAGAUGUCCCAAGCUGAACACGAGCAGAACCAAUACGUGGACGUGGAAGUGGACGACUCGUUGGAGCCUAUGGUGCUGCUGGCGCCUGACGGAGCUUUCACCGUGGUCGAGGCCAUAGUGUCCGCCGUGGACAUGUCCCAAGCUGAACACGAGCAGAACCAAUACAUGGACGUGGACGACUCGUUGGAGCCUAUGGUGCUGCUGGCACCUGAUGGAGGCCUAGACGCCCUCCUCGACAUACCGCCCGACGCCGACGACGAGACGAUGGUGGAGCUGGCCAUAGCGCUCUCGCUGCAAGAGCAGCCGCGCCGCGCGCCCCCCGCACCCUCCGCGCCUCCCCCGCCCGCGCCCGGCUUCAGCGACGCCACCGCCUCCCCGCCGGGAUCUGAUGACGAGGGCAGCACCGCAGCCACUGACGGCAGCACGCUCCGCACUUCCCCCGCAGAAGCGCCCGGCUCCGCGGGCUCCGAGAGCGGCGGCUCGGGCGCCGACAGCAUCGGCGGCGUGUCCGGCCGUAGCAGCGCUUACGGGGACGUAAUGUCCACGCCUUCUGCGGGCGCGGUCGCGUCGACAAACGUCAUCGUGGCCACUUCUAUAACAGCCGGGGCCUCGACUUCCCUGUCUCAGCCCGGCGCGUCCACAUCGCGCACGGCCGAGCUAGAGACGGAGACGCGCAAACUCCACGCCCUGCGGCUGUCUCUGCUCUCCGCCGGUCUGGACGCGCUGCCGACGCUGCGCUCGCUGCCCGGCGUGCGCGCCAUACCGUUCGUGCAGGUGGUCCUAAUGUUGGCCGGCGACCUCGAUUCCACCGUGGAAGCGGACCGCGCGGUGCUCGAGCGGCUCCUAGACCUGCUCGUCUCCGAGCUGGACAUGGGCGCCGACGAAAACGCGCCCGCCAUCACGCCCCCCGUGCACGAGCGGACCAACCGCCGCGAGCUGCAGCUGGUGGUGAUGCGGCUGCUCAGUGUCCUGAUGGCCCGCUGGAAGUCCACCUCCUCCGGCAGUGCGACGGCGCGCGAGGGCUCCGGGGCCGCCUCCGCCGCCCACGUGUCCCGCCUCGCCGCCGCCGCGCUCAUACGGGCCGGAGCGCCCCUGCACUGCUACAGGGUGCUCGCUGCCUUGUUGCCGUACUGGAAGGACAAGACUGCCAACGCGGGUACAACGACGCCUACAGCGCAGCUGCUGAAGCCGCAAGCGCCGCACCCGCUGCCCGACAUGCAGCCGUUCUUCGUCAAGGAAUACGUUAAGAGCCACGCGCUAGACGUGUUCGACAAUUACCCCCAGCUGCUGAUGGAGAUGGCGCUGCGGCUGCCGUGCCAGAUCCACAAGCACUGCGAGCCCGUGCACUUCGACUCGCGCUGGCGCACGCUGCUCUGCGAGUACAUGAUGAACCAGCAGACCCCGCUCAGGAAACAAGUCCGCAAGCUGCUCCUCCUGCUAUGCGGUACCCGCGACCGCUACCGCCACACGCGCGACGUUCACGCGCUCGACACUCACCUGAACGCCGCCAAAGCGCUGCUACAGACAGACCCGGCCUACGAUAGGCUUGUACAACUCAUGGACCAUUUGAAGGCAUGUGCGGAGAUUGUGAGCGCCCGCACCGGCAACUGGCAGCACACGUGCGCCACGGAGCGUAGAGAGGCGCUCGCGUGGUUGGUACGCUGCGCGCGGCGCGUGCACCCGCACGUGGCGCCCACCGUGCUGCAGCUGCUGCAGGCCGCGCUCACAGACACCAAGCCGGACAAGCACACGUGCGCCACGGAGCGUAGAGAGGCGCUCGCGUGGUUGGUACGCUGCGCGCGGCGCGUGCACCCGCACGUGGCGCCCACCGUGCUGCAGCUGCUGCAGGCCGCGCUCACAGACACCAAGCCGGACAAGCACACGUGCGCCACGGAGCGUAGAGAGGCGCUCGCGUGGUUGGUACGCUGCGCGCGGCGCGUGCACCCGCACGUGGCGCCCACCGUGCUGCAGCUGCUGCAGGCCGCGCUCACAGACACCAAGCCGGACAAGCACACGUGCGCCACGGAGCGUAGAGAGGCGCUCGCGUGGUUGGUACGCUGCGCGCGGCGCGUGCACCCGCACGUGGCGCCCACCGUGCUGCAGCUGCUGCAGGCCGCGCUCACAGACACCAAGCCGGACAAGCACACGUGCGCCACGGAGCGUAGAGAGGCGCUCGCGUGGUUGGUACGCUGCGCGCGGCGCGUGCACCCGCACGUGGCGCCCACCGUGCUGCAGCUGCUGCAGGCCGCGCUCACAGACACCAAGCCGGACAAGCACACGUGCGCCACGGAGCGUAGAGAGGCGCUCGCGUGGUUGGUACGCUGCGCGCGGCGCGUGCACCCGCACGUGGCGCCCACCGUGCUGCAGCUGCUGCAGGCCGCGCUCACAGACACCAAGCCGGACAAGCACACGUGCGCCACGGAGCGUAGAGAGGCGCUCGCGUGGUUGGUACGCUGCGCGCGGCGCGUGCACCCGCACGUGGCGCCCACCGUGCUGCAGCUGCUGCAGGCCGCGCUCACAGACACCAAGCCGGACAAGCACACGUGCGCCACGGAGCGUAGAGAGGCGCUCGCGUGGUUGGUACGCUGCGCGCGGCGCGUGCACCCGCACGUGGCGCCCACCGUGCUGCAGCUGCUGCAGGCCGCGCUCACAGACACCAAGCCGGACAAGCCAGUCGGCACCGGCGACUGGCAGCACACGUGCGCCACGGAGCGUAGAGAGGCGCUCGCGUGGUUGGUACGCUGCGCGCGGCGCGUGCACCCGCACGUGGCGCCCACCGUGCUGCAGCUGCUGCAGGCCGCGCUCACAGACACCAAGCCGGACAAGCACACGUGCGCCACGGAGCGUAGAGAGGCGCUCGCGUGGUUGGUACGCUGCGCGCGGCGCGUGCACCCGCACGUGGCGCCCACCGUGCUGCAGCUGCUGCAGGCCGCGCUCACAGACACCAAGCCGGACAAGCCAGUCGGCACCGGCGACUGGCAGCACACGUGCGCCACGGAGCGUAGAGAGGCGCUCGCGUGGUUGGUACGCUGCGCGCGGCGCGUGCACCCGCACGUGGCGCCCACCGUGCUGCAGCUGCUGCAGGCCGCGCUCACAGACACCAAGCCGGACAAGACCCCAUCAGCAUCGGCGUCGACCUCCGAAUGGCAGGAGCGCGAGCGCAGCGCGGACAGCGACGCGUUCGUUUCGGACGGCUCCAAGUUCCAGGAGCAUCGGGUGCCGGUACUAGUGCAGCAGAUACUCAAACAGGUGUCUCAAGAGGAACUGAAGAUGUUCGUGAAGGCCUUCCUGCUGGAGACGAACUCAACGGCCGUACGUUGGCAGGCGCACGCUCUGCUACUAGCCAUCUACAACAACUCGCCGCCAGCCGAGCAGGCGUCCCUGGUGUCUCUUCUGUGGGGCAUUUGGCCCACACUGCCCCAAUAUGGGCGCAAGGCGGCACAGUUCGUUGACCUCUUGGGCUACUUCACGCUCAAGACCACGGACAUCGACACCGAGAAAUACGUGGGCAGCGCGGUAGAGCUGCUUCGCAGCCAGAACCAGCUGCUAUCCAUGCACGGCAACGCGUCCCUGUACGCCGCCCUCGGGGCCUACGUGGAGCUGGACGGCUACUACCUGGAGUCGGAGCCGUGCCUGGUCUGCAACAACCCCGAGGUGCCCAUGGCGACCAUCAAGCUGCCCACUAUCAAGAUCGAUUCAAAAUUCACAACGACCACCCAGAUAGUGAAGCUGGUGAACAGCCACAUGAUCAGCCGCAUCAGCCUGCGCAUCGGCGACAUCAAGCGCAGCAAGAUGGUGCGCAGCAUCAACUUCUACUACAACAACCGCACCGUGCAGGCGGUGCAGGAGCUCAAGAACAAGCCUGGCAUGUGGCACAAGGCGAAGCGUGUCCAACUCCAGUCGGGUCAAUCUGAGGUCCGCGUCGACUUCCCGCUGCCGAUCGUCGCGUGCAACCUCAUGAUGGAGUACGCCGACUUCUAUGAGAACCAGCAGGCCACAGGCGAAUCGCUGCAAUGUCCUCGUUGCUCGCAAUCCGUGCCGGCCAACCCCGGCGUGUGCGCCAACUGUGGCGAGAACGUGUUCCAGUGCCACAAGUGUCGCGCUAUAAACUACGACGAGAAGGACCCGUUCCUCUGCCACGCCUGCGGUUUCUGCAAAUACGCCAAAUUCGACUACACGCUCACCGCGCGCCCGUGCUGCGCCGUCGACAACAUCGAGAACGACGAGGAGCGCAAGAAGAUGGUGCAGACCAUUGGCGCGCUGUUGGAUAAGGCCGACCGCGUGUACCGCCAGCUGGUCGCCAACAAGCCCGUGCUAGAGUCCCUCGUGCACAAGAUAAGCGAGCACCGUUUGGAAGGGCGCCCUGGCGACGAGAACAGCAACGCCUCGACCACCUCCUUCGGCGGCGCGCAGAUCAACCGGGUGAUCCAGACCCUCGCGCACAAGUACUGCGUCGACAGCAAGGGGCACUUCGAGGACUUGUCCAAGAUCAUACAGAAGGUGCUGGCUUGCAGGAAAGAACUAGUCGCCUACGAUAGAUCUCAGAGUGAACAACUGAAGGGAGACACGCUACCAGUAUACGCUGGUUUGGUGCAAAACUAUGAUGGAGAACUUACCAAAGAAUCGGGCGGCGGCUGCUACGGCUGCUCGCUGGCCUGCGCCGAGCACUGCCUGACGCUGCUGCGCGCGCUCGCCUCGCAGCCCGAGCACCGCGUGCGCCUCUGCCGCUUCGGGCUCGUGCAGGAGCUGGUGCAGCACAACCUGCACCGGGGGACCCCUCAGUGCCAAGAAGAAGUGCGCUCGCUGAUCUGCCUGGUGACCCGCGACAACCUGCCGGCGACAGAGUCGCUCUGCAGUCUGCUCUCGCAGCGGAUAACGCUGUCGCUCAUGGGGCAUGCCGCCUCGCAAGAUCUCAACAACUCUGUCCGUCCGCUGGUCCUGCUCCUAGGCUCCCUGGUGAAGGUCCAAGACGGCGUGGAGUGCUGGGAGGUCCGCCUCCGCUGCGUGGUCCGCCUGUGGGUGUGGUGCUGCCCGCAGCUCACCGAGGUCGCGGGGCUGCCGUCCGCCGCCAGUGUCAUCCUUAAGCCGGAGGCUCUGGCCGGCAUACCUGGCAUCAACACAUCCUCACCCAACUCGCAUCAAUUCGCCCUGCAGCAAGUCGCGCUCCCCUGCCUGCGCUACAUGCAGCAGCUGAUGGCGCCCGUGCCGCCCGUCGUGUCCGCCAACGGCCAUGCUGAUCCCAAGGAGGCUAAGCCGGAAAUCGCUUCAGUGUCCUCGUCGGCCGCGACAGGCGCCCUCGCCGCGUCGACCGGCAGCGUGGUCGUGGACCUGGCCGGCUGGCUGGCCGGCGACGUGACCCACAAGGAGUGGCGGCGGCUGGUCGCGCCGCCCGCCGACACCGCGCAGCGCCCGCCGCGCGAGGCCUACAUCGCGCACAAAUACGUGGCCCGCUGGAGGGAGAAGAUGUUGUUCUCGCACGGCAUGCGGCCGCUGUCGCUCGAGGACGGCGGCUGGCUGCGGCCCGUCAUGUUCGAGCCGAGCUCGCGCAUCGCGCGCGACACGGCCUGCCAGAUGGUCAAAUCGCUGUGCGACUCGUACGAGCGCAGCAAGGCUGUGCUGAUCCUGUUGACCAGCUUCCUGCCAGAAGUCGGCGCCGCUGGCGAGGCCAGUGAACAGUUCCUUCAACUAUACCAAAGUCUGGCAUCCGAAGCGCCCUGGAAGCAGUUCCUGGCGCUGCGCGGCGUGCUGCAGCAGAUCGCGGACCUCAUGACCAAGGAGAUCGACCAGCUGCACCGGCUCGAGGAGACCACGCUCACUUCAGACUUGGCUCAAGGUUACGCGCUGAAGCGUCUCACGGAGCUGCUGGCCAUGUUCCUGGAGGAGGCCGGGGCGCGGCGCACGUACAAGGGGCGGCUGGUGGGCGCCGUGCUCGGCGGCUACCUGUCGCUGCGCCGGCUCGUCGUGCAGCGCACCCGGCUCACCGACGACACGCAGGAGAAGCUGCUCGAGCUGCUCGAGGAGAUGACCACGGGCACAGAAACAGAGACGGCAGAAUUCAUGGCGGUCUGCAUCGAGACCGUACAGAAAUACCCGCUCCACGACUACCGCACCCCUGUCUUCAUCUUCGAGAGGCUCUGUUCCAUCAUCUACCCCGAGGAGAACGACGUCGGCGAGUUCUUCCUCACGCUGGAGAAAGAUCCUCAACAAGAGGACUUCUUACAGGGCCGGAUGUUAGGCAACCCGUACUCCUGCCUCGAGCCCGGCAUGGGUCCGCUCAUGCGAGACGUGAAGAACAAGAUCUGCACCGACUGCGAGCUGGUGGCGCUCCUGGAAGACGACAACGGCAUGGAGCUCCUCGUGUGUAACAAGAUCAUGUCGCUCGACCUGCCCGUCAAGGAGGUUUACAAGAAGGUGUGGUGCACAUCGGGCGAGGGAGUGGACGCGAUGCGCGUCGUGUACAGAAUGCGAGGCCUGCUCGGCGACGCUACGGAAGAAUUCGUCGAGACGCUCUCCCAGACGAACGCGGAGGCGGUUGACGAUGAACAGGUCUACAGGAUGGCGAACGUGCUGGCUGACUGCGGUGGCCUAGAAGUGAUGCUGCAACGCCUCGCAGCUAUUCAGCGAGUAGGCGCCGCGCGUUCCCUCUGCUCAACUCUGCUGCGAUUGCUAGGGCUAUGCGCGCGCGUGCGACGCUGCGUGCGUGUGUUAACGCGCGCUAGCACGCGCGCGCUGCCCGUGCUGCUGCACGCGUUGCAGUUAGCCGCUGAUGAGGAGAAGGACUUGCCGCGGGCGUUGCUUGUCUACCAACUGUUGGAGAUAAUGGAGCGUAUUCUAUCUGUGGCGGCGAGCGAGAGCCUGGAGUCUUUCCUGCAGUUCUCGCUCACUUUCGGCGGACCGGAGUACGUCCAGGCGCUGCUCAACUGCACGGACAAUCCAGGGAUCCGCAGCAACUCCGUAGCCCUCGGCCACCUGACGCGAGUCCUCGCCGCGCUCGUCUACGGCAACGACCUCAAGAUGGCCAUGCUCGUGGAACACUUCAAACCGGUGUUCGUCUUCGACAAGCUCGACUCUGAGCAGCUGACUGAGGACGAGUUCCGUAUGGAACUGUUCUGCGUGCUCUGUGCUAAUAUCGAGAGGAAUUCUAUUGGAGGAACGCUCAAGGACUAUCUGAUAUCGCUGGGAGUCGUGAGGGACGCUUUGGAGUAUAUUGUGAAAAACGCUCCGUGCGUGAAGCCGACACUAGUUUGCAACGACUCGGACGAGCUAAAGGAGUUCAUCAGUCGACCUGCACUCAGAUAUAUCCUCCGCUUCCUAACCGGACUGGCCGCCGACCACGAGCCUACCCAGAUGCUAGUAUGCGAGAAGGUGAUCCCGAUAGUCCACCGGCUGGAGCAGGUCUCGUCGGGCGAGCACGUCGGCUCGCUCGCCGAGAACCUGCUCGAGGCGCUCAAGUCGCAGCCGCAGUGCGCCGCCAAGGUGCAGGAGGCGCGCGAGUUCACACGACAGGAGAAGAAGCGUCUCGCGAUGGCGGUGCGCGAGCGGCAGCUGGGCGCGCUCGGCAUGCGCAGCAACGAGCGCGGGCAGGUGACCGCGCAGUGCUCGCUGACGCAGCAGCUCGCCGACCUGGCAGAGGAGGCGGGCGCCGUGUGCUGCAUCUGCCGCGAGGGGUACAAGUACCAGCCCACCAAGGUGUUGGGCAUCUACACAUUCACGAAGCGCUGCCCGGUGGAGGAGUUCGAGGUGCGCGCGCGCAAGACGCUCGGCUACACGACCGUGUCGCACUACAACAUCGUGCACGUCGAGUGCCACAUGGCGGCCGUGCGCCUCGCCCGCGCCAGGGACGAGUGGGAGAGCGCGGCGCUGCAGAACGCGUCGACGCGCUGCAACGGGCUGCUGCCGCUGUGGGGGCCGCACGUGCCCGAGUCCGCCUUCGCCAGCUGCCUCGCGAGGCACACCACCUAUCUUCAGGAAUGCACCGGCCACCGCGACAUCAGCCACACGUGCACCAUCCACGACCUGAAGCUGCUGCUGUGGCGGUUCGCGCGCGGGCGCACCUUCCACGACGACACGGGCGGCGGCGGGCCGCUGUCCAACAUGCAGCUCGUGCCCGCGCUGCUGCACAUGGCCCUAUACGUGGUCAACACGUCGCGACUAGUAGCCCGCGAGGUGGCCGCUUUGGAAACGUCGCUGGCGUGGGCGGCGGCGCGCUUGCUGUCUUCGGCGCACGACGCCGACGGCCCGCUCUACUACGCCACGCAGAUGCUGCUUGUGUAUCCGCUCGUCAAAUGGAAAGCCCACAAGAUGGACACCCUAAAGCGCCUGCUGGUGAUCGCGCACGUCCGCGCCGUGGCCCCGGGCGGGCCCGCGCUGCGAGCCGUCGCGUCCAAGCACCGCGCGCCGCGCCCCUGGCCCGACUACAAGCCCUACGCGCUCUUCAUGGCGCUCAUCGACCAGCUCUACACCACCAUGUUCAAGUCCGUAAACGCCACCACCAUCGACCAGUGGUCCGUCAAACUGGCCGAAUACAUCCGGAACAACGACGAAGCGAACGCCAAGGCGGCCGAGCGGAUCGUCACGACGUUCACCGACGAGCUGCUCCCGUGCGCGUCCUUCGCCGAGUUCUGCGACGCCGCCGGCCUGCUCGCCGACAUACCGGACCCGGACGCCUGGCUGCAGGCCCUCAUCAACGAGCAACCCUGAUUCAGGGCGCUACAGGCGGUUCUGGAUAGGGCUGGGACGUCCCAUUGAACGCCUGUAUACA